AUGUUUCCACUUAUUUCUUUUCCUCCUUCCUCCACAUCGAUCUCUGUCUCUCUGCUUUCUGCCUAUCUCUCUUCUUCUUUCUCCUUACCAUUCUCUCUCCCUAUUUCUCUUUCUCUCACCUUUCUGUUUAAUUUCUCUUCCCUCCUCCCUAUAAAUGCCUCCGUGAUUCUCUCUAAAUGUUCACUAUCUGCUUCUCACUUCCCUGCACGUGACGCUAUAAUUCUCUUCUCUCUUUUCCUUCUCUUCUCUCUCCCUAUUACUCUCAAUUUCCCUUUCUUUCUGCAUACCUCUUUUCCCCUAUAUCUCUUUCUCUUUCCCUCGUUUUCUCUUCCCCUCCUCCCUAUAAAUGCCUCCGUUAUUCUCUCUAAAGUUUUUCAUUUUUCCUCACCUCUCACCUCUCCUCUUUUUCUAUAUUUCCUCUCUUUCUAUCGCCCCCUUUUUGAAAUCUUCUCUCUCUUUCUCUCUCUCUUCUCUCUUUUUCUCUCUCCUCUCUCUCUCUCUCUCUCUCUCUCUCUCUCUCUCUUAAAUCUCCUCUCAAUCUCCUCUAUUUCUCGCUCUUUUUCUUUUUAUUUCUCUAAAUCUCUCUCUCUUCUCUCUCUCUAUCUUUUUUUUCUUUCUUAUUCUUUUUUCUCUCUUUCUCUCUCUCCUCUCUUUCUCUCUUCUUUCUCUCUUUCUCUCUCAAUCUCCUCUGAUUUCUUUCUUGCAAAAUAUUCCUCUCUUUCUUUGUUACAGAUCUCUCUCUAUCUCUCUUCUCUCUUUCUCUCCUCUCUUUCUCUCUCUAUCUCUCUCUCCUCUCUUUCUCUCUCUCUCUCUCUCAAGUAA